AUGGCCCGAAGUGUCUGCGUUUGGUCAAAAAGUAUCGCAUGUGCUAGGGGAUUAACAUUUUGUACUGUAUCUAAAUCCGACCUUAGGCGCGGUAGUCGAAAUGAUCAUCUUAGUGCCAUAAUCCGAUACUGUAAGCAUUUUAUGCUGCAUUUAUUCCCGAAUUAUUUUCAUCUUAAAUCCUGCACUGUAUAUUCGCACUAUGAUAAAUUUUAUGUUAUUGUUUAG